AGAGACCUCCAGCAUCCCUCUCAUCCCGCUGGGGCUGAAGGAGACGAAAGAGAUGGACUUCUCUGUGUCAUUCAAGGACUUCAUCCUGGAGCACUACAGUGAAGAUGGCUCCAGCUUCGAGGAGGAGAUCGCUGACCUGAUGGACCUCAGACAGGCCUGUCGUACCCCAAGUCGCAACGACGCCGGCAUCGAGACCCUGGCCAAGUACUACAGUCACAUGCCUCUACUGGAGAGCCGCUUCUUCUCCGCUACCCGCCAGAUGGGCAUCUUCUUUACUUGGUAUGACUCAUUCACAGGUGUUCCAGUGUGCCAGCAGAACAUCUCUCUGGAGAAGGCCAGUAUCCUGUUCAACAUCGGCGCCCUCUACACCCAGAUCGGGACACGCUGCAACCGCCAGACGGCCUCCGGCCUCCAGGACGCCAUCACAGCCUUCCAGAAAGCUGCAGGAGUCCUCCAUCACCUGAAGGAGACAUUCACCCACACCCCCAGCUAUGACAUGAGUCCCUCCAUGCUCAGUAUGCUCAUCAAGAUGAUGCUGGCCCAAGCUCAGGAGUGUCUGUUCGAGAAGAUCGCUCUGUCUGGCAUCCGCAAUGAGUUCUUCUCUCUCCUCAAGAUGGCCCACGAGGCUGCCAAGGUAGGAGACACCUAUGACCAGGUACACCAGUCUAUGAGCCAGACUCCCAUCAAGGACAACGUCCCGUUCUUCUGGUCCACCAUGGCUCAGGUCAAGACCAACCACUACCGUUCACUGGCACACUACUUCCUGGCUACUGCGCUAUUGGACCACGAGCUGAGACCCAGUGAUGACGAGGACCAACAGGAGAAGGCUCUGUCCCAGGCGUAUGAUGCCAUGCCAGACGGCCGCUCCCCACUCGACAUCCUCAGGAAGAGAGAAGAGAGACGACACAUCGGUAAGGCCCACCUGCGGAGGGCUGUGAUGGGUCAUGAGGAGAGUCUGAGGAUCCAUAGUCUGUGUCGUCACCUCCGGAAGCUAGAUGUGCUCCAGGACAUCCUGCAGGCCAGUCACAAACGCUCCCUGGCCAAGUUCAAAGACAACGACCGAGAAGACGAGUUCACAGACUACCUGGAGGCUCCAGACAUUAUCUCUAAAACGGAGCACAAAGCAGAGAUGGAAACGCCCAUGGCCACUAAGGUGAAAGUCACAGACUUUUUCCGGAGGCUGGGUCCUCUGUCAGUGUUCUCUGCUAAGCUACGCUGGACAGCUCCUCACACCGUCAGGUUGAGGCUGGAGGACAGAGACCUGGGCUUCACCCUGAGAGGAGACCCUGUACCUGUACAGGUCACCUCCCUGGACCCACUCUGCCCUGCCGCUGUCGACGGGCUGAAAGAGGGGGACUACAUUGUUGCCGUGGGAGACGCGGACUGUAAGUGGAUGGUGGUGAGCGAGGUGAUGCGGCUGCUGAAGGAUGUGGACGAGGACGGCAUCGACAUCCGCGUUGUUAGCUUGAUGGACAGCGUUCUGCCCAUGCCCACUAAGAGUGCCACGUACUGCGGAGGUAUCGCUAAGACCUACUCCAUGAUCUGCCUGGCCUUCGACGACGACAAGAGCCCCAAGGGCCGCAAGGUGGCCAAGAAGGGCUCCUUCCUGUCGUGGGGCGUGAAGAACCAUCUGAAAAGCUCCAGCACCCUUAGCCUCCCCACCGCGGACUAUUCUGGAACACUACCUUGGAACAAACCCUGCCCCACCUUCCCUUCCUCCAGCUCCUACAACAACCCUGCUCUUUACUAGAGGAGGAUACAUUACUGGACUGUACACACACACUCUACUGGGUUAGAGAAUACUGUGUUAAGGUCUCAAUGGGCACUUUAUUCCCCAUAUAGUGCACUACUUUUGGAGGUCUAUGGGCUCUGGUCUAAAGUAGUGCACUAUAUAGGGAAUAGGGUGCCCAUUGUGGAGCAGCCUGAGAACCCACGAUGUGUUGCAGUAAAGUCACAGGUUUGCACGGUCAGUAAAGUCACAGGUUUGCACGGUCAGUAAAGGCACAGGUUUGCACGGUCAGUAAAGUCACAGGUUUGCACGGUCAGUAAAGUCACAGGUUUGCACGGUCAGUAAAGUCACAGGUUUGCACGGUCAGUAAAGUCACAGGUUUACACAGUCAUAGCCCGCUGUGCUAUUUACACAUUAGAGUAGUGCUCUCUGUUGUUGCUGCCCUGUGCGUUGCUUCUCAGAGUUGGGACACGGUUAUGGGGAGGGAGGAGGAGGAGAGGCUGUAGUGUUACACAGCAGGACUGACUGGUUUGGUCUGGCUAUGUUACAGUGUAAUUAGCUCCACUAGUCCGUAUGUCACCACUAUGUAUGUACUGGCUGUAUUUUUACCUUCCAUACCUUUUUAAACUGAAGGACUUUAUAGAAUGACAUGGAUCAGUGAUUGGCUGAUUUAUCUGGAUCCGUGAUUGGCUGAUUUAUCUGGAUCUGUGAUUGGCUGAUUUAUCUGGAUCUGUGAUUGGCUGUUAUCUGUGUAGGUGGAUUAUUGACAACACAAAACACAUUUUAACUGGAAAACAAAUGUAUAUACAACAGGAACACCUGCUCUUUCCAUGACAGACUGACCAGGUGAAUCCAGGUGAAAUCUAUGAUCCCUUAUUGAUGUCGCUUGUUAAAUCCACUUCAAUCAGUGUAGAUGAAGGGGAGGAGACGGGUUAAAGAAGGAUUUUUAAGCCUUGAGACAAUUGAGACAUGGAUUGUGUAUGUGUCAUUCAGAGGGUGAAUGGGCAAGACAAAAUAUUUAAGUGCUUUUGAACUGGGUAUGGUAGUAGGUGCCGGGGCGCACCGGUUUGUGUCAAGAACUUCAACGCUGCUGGGUUUUUCACACUCAACAGUUUUCCGUGUGUAUCAAGAAUGGUCCACCACCCAAAGAACAUCCAGCCAACUUGACACAACUGUGGGAAGCAUUGGAGUCAACAUGGGCCAGCAUCCCUGUGGAACGCUUUCGACACCUUGUAGAGUCCAUGCCCCGACACGUUGAGGCUAUUGAGGCUGUUCUGACCCGUUGAGGCUGUUCUGACCCGUUGAGGCUGUUCUGACCCGUUGAGGCUGUUCUGACACGUUGAGGCUGUUCUGACCCAUUGAGGCUGUUCUGAGGGUAAAAGGGGGGGGGGGGGUAACUCUAUAUUAGGAAGGUGUUCUUAAUGUUUUGUCUACUCGGUGUGUACAACGGUGAUAUUCUAAUGUAAAACAUGUCAAGUUAUACUAUGUAGAUAUCCCACUAUGUAGAAGGUGAAGGAUGUAACUCUUGAACCAGGAAGUGAUACGUCUGUAGUGAGUGUGUGAUAGACUAACACAAUGCGCUGUAAACUGAUGAAAAUAGAUUUCUUUAUUUUUUUGUAUUUUUGUGUCAUUUCUUGUUAAGACAAUUACUGUGGUUGAUAUGAAGGAAUAUUGUGUGUGGUGGGCUGUUCUGAUGUAGGCCCUGUGAGAUUUGAUUGGCAUGUCAG